ACAUUGAUUGGUACGCGUAUUUUUUAAAUUAAUAUGGGCCACGCCUAAGGAAAAGUAUGUGUGUCGAGAAGUCCAAAGUUACCAUCCUUCGCAAUUUGCAUCUCCCUACUCUUUGAGUCCUUGACAUAAACGUAAACAUAAACUCGCCUUUAUUCAAAAGAUUUGGCCUUCAAAAUUCUGUGUUCCCUGAGAAUUAAAUAAAACUAUGUCCAUCUUAAUAUUUUUACUUUACUGCAUCAUCUUUGCUACGUCUAGUUUCUAUUGUUUUCAGCUCUCGACAGCUCAAAACAAUGAAACAGAGAGAUUAGCAUUGCUCGAAAUCAAGGCCACAAUCAUUGAUGAUCCAUUCGGUGUCAUGAGCUCAUGGAAUGACACACACCACUUUUGUACGUGGUACGGUGUUGCUUGUGAUCGUACCUACGAAGGGGUGACGAAACUUGACCUACACUCCUCUCAACUCACAGGUACACUCUCUUCUCAUAUUGGCAAUUUAACCUUUCUCAAGGAACUACGUUUAGAGAACAACAGUUUUGGUGGCAUAAUCCCGGAGGAAAUUGGUCGUUUGCAAAGCUUGACAAAUUUUUCGCUAUUCUACAAUUCUCUUACGGGCGAAAUUCCAUCUAAUAUAUCAAGUUGUUAUAGGCUUGAAUAUAUAAACCUUUCUGAAAACAAAUUGGUGGGUGAAAUCCCAUCAAUAUUUGGUUCCUUGUCACAUUUGCAAUAUUUUUCUGUACGACAAAACAAUUUGACCGGCGAGCUUCCUGCAUCAUUUGGGAAUUUAUCAUCACUCUAUUAUCUAUCUGUAGCUCAAAAUAACUUCAUGGGAAUGAUCCCAGAUAGACUAGGCAAACUAAAUAAUCUCUCUUAUUUGUCUAUAGAAGAUAAUAAGUUUUAUGGACUAGUCCCAUCUUCAAUAUUUAACCUCUCAUUAUUGACUAUAUUGUCUUUGAAUCAAAAUGACUUUGAAGGAAAUCUUCCAUCAAAUUUAGGCAAUACUCUCCCACAUCUUCAAUGGUUCUCUGCAAGCAGAAAUAGAUUUAGUGGACAUCUUCCAGUUUCAAUAUCGAAUGCCUCGAAUCUAAUAAGCCUACAAUUGAAUCAUAAUCAUUUUCAAGGACAAGUUCCUUCCUUGCGAAAGUUAGUAAAUCUUUCUAUCUUCGUCCUUUCUGAUAACUCUCUUGGACAUGGCCAACUUGGAGAUUUGAAUUUUGUUUCUUCCUUGGUGAACUCGUCCACCAAUUUGAGAAUGUUUCAAAUAGAUCAAAAUAAUUUCAAAGGAGAUUUUCCUCUAAUCCUCUGCAAUUUCACAAUGCUUACCCACUUGCUUUUACACCAUAAUCACAUAAGUGGGGAAAUUCCGAAGUGUAUUGAAAACUUAGCCAAAUUGCAAAUGCUCAUGGCAAAUCAUAACGAACUUUCUGGGGUUCUUCCCGAUAGCAUAGGGAAGCUGCCAGACCUCCGGAUACUAUUUUUGCGCGAGAACCAAUUAUCCGGGAUCAUUCCACCUUCUCUUGGAAACCUUACAAAGUUAUCUAUUCUUUCCUUAUUUGAAAAUAAUUUCGAAGGCGAAAUACCUUCAAGUCUUGGGAAUUGUUCAUCACUAACAUCAUUAUACCUGGCUAGUAACAAUCUUAGUGGUAGUAUACCCUUGCAACUAUUUAGUCUCCCUGGCUUAUCUAUGGCAAUCAAUUUAUCUGGAAACCACUUAAGUGGCUUCCUCCCACAAGAAGUUGGGCAACUAAAUAAUCUUAAUGGCCUUGAACUUUCGCGUAAUCUGUUAUCCGGUCUGAUACCAAGCUCUCUCGGUAGUUGCAUAGCGCUAGAGUAUCUAUACUUGGGGGAAAACAAUUUUCAUGGCAAUAUUCCUGAUGCAUUUAGGUCAUUGCACGGUCUCCUUGAGUUAGAUUUGUCAUACAACAAUUUAUCUGGUACAAUCCCACAAUUUCUAGCUGACAUACAGUUCCGAUGGUUAAAUCUCUCACACAAUAACCUUGAAGGCGAAGUACCCAUGGGUGGAAUCUUCAGCAAUGCAACUGGAUUUUUUGUGAGUGGAAAUAGUAGGCUAUGCGGGGGCAUACCCGAGUUAAUGUUGCCUCCAUGCAACGUUAGCCGCGAACAAGUGCGUAAGAAGAAAUUGAUAAUCACAAUUGUUUCUGCCGUUGCUGGAGUUGGUUUGGUACUAGGUAUACUUGUGUCAUUAUACAUUUUGUGGCAUAGGAAGAAGACCAAGGAAUUCAAAUCUUCUGCGUAUAUGGAAAAUUUUCCAAAUUUGUCUUAUCAAGCACUUGUUAAAGCUACAAACGGGUUCUCCUCGGAAUAUUUGAUUGGUAGUGGUUCAUCUGGGGUUGUGUACAGAGGAAUUCUUGAGGAUGGAUCAAUUGUUGCCGUCAAGGUAUUUAAUCUAGAGCAUCAUGGUGCUCUAAAGAGUUUCAUGGCUGAAUGUCAGGUCCUUCAAAACACCAGACACCGAAAUCUUGUCAAAGUGAUUACAGCAUGCUCAAGUGUAGAUUAUCAAGGAAGGGAAUUCAAGGCAUUGGUUUAUGAGUACAUGGUAAAUGGGAGUUUGGAUUAUUGGUUGCAUCCAGAUAAUGCAAUAAGUAAAGUUGAAAACACAUAUAAAACCUCAAAGAAGUUGAAUCUUCACCAAAGGCUUGAUAUUGCAGUUGAUAUUGCAUUUUCUUUAGAUUAUCUUCACCAUCAAGGUGAUACAUGCAUAGUUCACUGUGACCUAAAACCGAGCAAUGUUCUCCUUGAUGAUGAAAUGGUUGUUCAUGUUGCUGACUAUGGACUAGCCAAGAUGCUUCUAAAAGGAAGAAAUAACUUUCAUGCAAAUCAAUCCAGCUCUAUAGGAGUCAGAGAGCUCUAUAGGAGUCAGAGGAACUAUUGGUUACACUCCUCCAGAAUAUGGCGAAGGAAAUGAGGUGUCUACCGCAGGCGAUGUUUAUAGUUAUGGGAUCCUUUUACUCGAAAUGUUGACAGGAAAGAGGCCUACAAAUGACAUGUUCAAAGGGGGGUUCACCCUACAUUGCUAUGUCAAAGAAGCUCUCCCCGACCAAAUGACGGCAGUUCUUGAUCAUGCUCUUCUCCAAGACAUAGAAUUUGAGACAGAUAGGAGUGCAAUGUUGGAGGCUUUGGAAUCUACGCUUAGGAUAGCACUUUCCUGCUCUACUGAGGUGCCACGAGAAAGGUUGGAUAUGGCUUACGUUGUUGAAUCACUAUCAUCAAUUAGAUACAAAUUCAAUACAAACUCACUUUUGUGUUCCGAUAAAGCUGGAGAAUUCAAGCAGGUGUGAUUUGAUUUCGUUCAGGGUGCAAUCACACAAGUUUGAUUAAGAUCGAAGCACGGUUGGGAUUGAGAUGUGGCAUACAAGCUAAGAAGAUUAAGUUCAGAUGACAGUUGAGACUAGCUAGCGGCACUAGACCUGUACAACAUGAUCGAUCACACAUAAUUUUCCAUCAGUUGAAGGUUGUUUUGUUGACAGGAAUUUGUGCAUGGUUGCAACAAAUGUCAGUUCUGCAACUACUAUUAGUUGAAUUAAAUCCAACUCUACCUCUAAACUAUAUUAGGUCAGUAGACCCUCUCGUAGAAAGAUGAAUUAGACAACAAUGUGAAAGAGGGUAUUUUUGCUAGAUUAGAAUUAUAUUUCUUUAAAUAGGAUACGUAUUUGUGAGUUUAUAACUUCUAUU